AUGUCUUGCUUCCCAAGUGUUGCACAACUUUUCACCUCUUGUCUAAUAUUGAGCACCCUCACUCAAGCAUCGACCCCCAUAAUCGUCAAGAACGUCACUAUAUUAGGACCACAGCUCACUCCAGAUGUAACCAACGUAUCGCGAGACGGUGGUUACUCGGCACUGGUCAACGGAAACAUUGUCUGGCUUUAUGAUGACACAGAAUGCAUGGACACGCAAGGAAAUCAAUUGUCUUUUGUUUCCAAUACUGCCGCUUAUGCGAAUCAACCGGACAGCGAUGUUGCCACCGUUGCCGAUUUUGGGGUUGUCAACUUGGGGACCAACCCUGACGGAAGCCCGAAGACGGCGAUACUUGCCCAUACCACUGUCGGCACCGGUGGUUGGAUUCCUUUCCAGCCGGACGAGUUGCAGUACAACGAGCAGAUGAACGGCAAAGAAAGAGUAGCAAUAUGGCCUGGCACAUCUCCUACGCCCGUCAGUACCACACAAGCUUUCCUCUACGCACCACUAGUCUAUGUGGAUAGCAAGCCUCAAGAUCCUUCGAAAGAAUACCAAGCUCGCGGCAUGACCUUGAUUACCAUCACAGCACCAAAUACUGGACCUGUCGCUGCUCGCCAAGGUGAUCUCAUCAUCCCAGGAACUGAAGUUGCGUAUGGAGGCUUUUCAUCAAUCCUUGGCUACAAGAGUACCGAUACAGCCACAGACAAAGACUUGGGCAAUCGUGAUGUUUAUCUGCUUGGCAUGACUGCCUCCGGUCUCCAGCUCGCUCGAGUCGGUAUGAAUAGCCUGAGCGAUUUUUCAAAGUACACGUUCUGGGAUCCACAAGGCCAGAACUUCUCGGCUAGCCCCCCAAAACCAAGUCUCCAAGACGCCGCACAAAUCUACCUGCCCGGUACGUUCUCGUCUGGAAGUGUAUUCUACAGUCCAUACUUCAAGACCUUCAUCAUGGUGUAUUUCAACAAGAUGGUCGAUUCCACCUUCUAUGUACGGUAUAUACAGCUCGACGGUCCGCUGGGACAUGAUGCGACAUGGAUCGUAGGAGGCAAGAACGGCAAGGGAAUAGAAGCAGAAGAUGCGGAGGCAUUGGUCAGAUAUACCUGGUCCGCCGAGCAGAAGCUGUACGCAUCACCCUCUGGCCCGGGGGGAUUCAACUACGCCGGCAUGGCUCAUCCUGAGUAUUUCAACACGCAAUACUUCCCUCAAUCCUUAUACCCAAUAACCAGUCCCCAAAAACAACAAGUCAAUGGGUGGUAUGGCCCGGCUAGUGCUGGUGUAGAUGGUAAGAGCCUUUUGCUUAGCUGGACUUCUCAGGAUGUUGGAGGAACGAACAACGGGGUCUACCGGAUUCAACUUGCAAUGCUCGAAUUUGAUAAUAUCCCUUUGGAAACAAAUCCUGACCCAUCGGCCACCGCGGGCACAACAACAUCGUCAGGCACGCCAAGUGCGACUUCCACGCACAUCAAGAAGCCCCCCAGCAACCCUGUCAGCUCAAUACUCAGCAUAGUAGAGCAUGGAACUGCUGCGCAUGCGUUCAGCAGGGGACUCCUUCAUGGGUUUGCCGUCUACAUUUUGGCUAUGCACAUGUUGCUUUGUACGAGGGUGCGUGGAAGGAUAAUAUGA